AAUUCUACUUACAUUUUUUUAAAAUUUACUUUAAAAUUUAUUAAACAGGAAGAUAGACCCUCUGUAUAUAUUACCUCUCCGGGUGUCGUUCCUUUACACUUUCAUUUGCCGGGCUGCUUACUCGAAAGAACCGGUGACGGCUAUAUACAUUUUUUACCACUUCCAUCAGAUUUUAUAGAUAAAAAUCUUCCAUUACUCAUCAAUUGUCAAAAUGGUAAAAGUCUUCCAAUUUUAAUUGCAAGUGAUAAAUGUGACUGGAAGUCCCUACUUGCCGAUCCUAAAGGUUUAGAGAAUCUGACGCCCAUCAAGUUGUCUUCGUCUCCUAUAGAGAAGAGUAUGGACUGCCGGUGCAUGCAGAUAAAAAGUACAAGUGAUUCUCCUAGGAAAUUGCCGGAUGACGACAUUCAAAGAAAAGAUAAAGAAGAGCUGGAAAGAUCGAAAGGACAGUCCGAUUUAAUAGAAAGUUUAGAAACAGAGAAUAAAUUGCUCAAAGAGGAACUGCAACUGUUAAGGAACGCGCAUGAUAACAACAUUUUUUAUAAACUGUUGAGAGACACGAGGGAUGACGUACGAAGACUAGAAGAAGAAAAGAAGUCUCUUUUGGACACGUUACAGGUUCUACAAGAGGAAUUAAGUAAGUAUGAAAAAUAAAGUAGGAAUCCAACUAUAAAAGUCUCUCCCAUUAUACAAAGCCAAAGAUUCGUAAUGGGUUUUUAGACAUUGCAGAGUUUAAAUGUUCCCUUUCCAGUGCAAUAGUUAUCGAGAGGGAGAUUUGACCCAACAUAAGUAUAUAAAAUUUAAUGUAAUAAUCGUCGUCUGUGAUGUUAUCAUACUGCCCGUCGUGGCUAGGCAUUCAUCAUAUUCUGUAAAUUAGUUUAUCCGGCAUAAUAUGUCUAAGACAGUAUAUUACUGUUGUUUCCGACGUGGCCUUAGCACUACAUUCUCGUCACCAUGCUAUAUUUGAAAAAUAGUAUUAUAAUGCGAAUUUAUUUUAAACGUCUGGACGGACUUCGAAACAGGAUUAUUUAGUUCUAAGUUAGGUUUUUUUUUCUCCCACAAACAGAUUAAUUUUUGUACACUUAAAUUUAAAGUAGGCAUUUAUUAUGUUUCAUUAUAGAUUAUUCAUUGUUUCGAGCAUAAUGAUGGAUUUUAUAAAUUGUUAACGAGUCCGGUUUAAGCAAAAGUAUAUUGUACAUUUGUAAAAGAUCACAGAAUGAGUAGGAAUAUAUCUUCAUUGUCAUAUUGUAAUUUUACUGUUAUUUUGUGAAUAUUUAUCUAUUAUAUAAAUAUUAUUAUUAUUAUUAUUGAAAAAGGAAGCAAUGCAGGAAAAAAUAAAGUCUGAGAUGUGAAUUUUAAA